CGGAUGUUGUCUGGCACCGGAAGAGAAGGGGCCGAUCUCCCAGCCAUCUUGUGGCAGCAUCCAGCGACCAGCUCGCAUCCAGCCUCGUCGAAUCGGCGGUGAAUCCAGCUGAAGGGGCGCCAUCAUGCCCGGCCACCUGCAAGAAGGCUUCGGCUGUGUCGUAACCAACCGCUUCGACCAGUUACCGGACGACGAGUCGGACCCCUCGGAGAUCCUGAAAGCUGCCGAGAACAAGAAGAAGGAGGGGGCCGCUGCUGGCUCCGCCAAGAGCGCCGCGCAAGCCGCUAAGCAGCCCAAGAAGGAGUCUCAGAAGGACAGGAAGAACCCGCUCGUGGAAAAGAAGGAUGAGUCCCAGCCUCCGGUGGCGCUGAAAAAAGAAGGCGUGAGGCGAGUGGGUCGACGGCCAGAACAGCAGCCAGGUCACCAGGGCUCCCAGCAUCACGGCGGCCAAGUUGAGGGGCGACUCGGCGACAAGAGGCCAGACCGCAGACCCCCUCGUGAGCGGCGCUUUGAGAAACCCGCCGAGGGAGACGGCCCUGACUUCUCGACAGACAAGCCCUCCGGAGACCGGCCUCCGAGGGGACGCGGUGGCGGGCGAGGUGGGCGCGGUGGACGAGGGCGGGGCAUGGGCCGAGGAGAUGGCUUCGACUCGCGUGGCAAACGAGACUAUGACAGACACAGCGGCACUGAUAAAUCGAAUCCGAAAGGCGAGGAGAAACGUAGUGGCACCGGCUCACACAAUUGGGGAAAUGUGAAAGAGGAAGCCAGUGAGGCCCAACCAACUCCCGCUCCUGCUACUGAGAAGACUCCGGAAGGAGAGGAACAGGCACCCGCUGGCUCUGAGAACAAGGAGAACGAGGUGGAGGAAGUUAAACCGGAAGGACCCCGAGAGAUGACCCUGGACGAGUGGAAGGCCAUGCAGGACAAGGAGCGCACCAAAGUGGAGUUCAACAUCCGGAAGGCCAACGAGGGCGCCGACAGCCAGUGGAAGAAAGGAUACGUGCUGCACAAGUCUAAGAGUGAAGAUAGGCCUGUCGGAGCUUUGAUUGAUACUCCAGAAACGGAAGCAGAUGCGCAGUCUCUGUACCAAAAGGGCACCGGCGACGAAUCUGCCGAUCACCACUUCCGCAAACCGGCCAACGACAUCACAUCUCAGCUGGAGAUCAACUUCGGAGACCUGGGCCGCCCCGGCCGUGGGCGCGGGGGCCCUCGUGGGGGCAGGGGAGGCCGCGGCGGAGGAGGCAGCAGGCCGGCGCGUGGCGGAGGGCGCUCUGAAAAGGCGAGUGGCGUGUCGGUCCCCAACGUGGACGACCCCGAGGCCUUCCCCGCCCUUGCCUGAAGGCUACUUUGCCGCCACCAGCCCUUCCAUCACACCCCCCCCCCCCCCCCCCGCACUCAUUGACGAGGCUUGCAUGCUAACCACAUUCUCACAUUCUCAAAUAUCUUAAGAAAUCCAGGAAAAAAGACCCAAAAAAAAGUUGUCAGCAAAAAAAGACAGUUAUCCCCUACUCGCACCACCGGAGGACUUAAAUUUUAACUACGAACAAGACAAAACAAAAGUGGAAAAAGGACCUCUUGUUACACUGACAUUUUGUAUUUUGAAACAUGAAAGCAGGGAUGUUUUCAUUGCUUUUUGCCCAGAGAUUAUGCAUAAUUCAUCAAGUUUGUUUGUGCUUGAAAUGAUGCAUUUUCUGCGAUUUGGGUGGUUUUAAGUGUGAGUCACUCUCUUUCGGCUCAGUAUUACGGGGUCCUAGAAAGCUUUGAGCUGGAGUGUUUCUCUUUUCCCUCCUCGGUGAUGUGGUAGCACUACACUACAUAUGAAACGUCUAUUAGAUAGCUCAAGUUCGACUUCAAAAGUGUAAUUAUCCUGACGAUACAAGUCCCUUUGAGAGGCACAAAGUGAGGAUAGGGGACCAGGCAACAGUGAUACGGACAAAAAAAAAAGCUUGGGAUUGUUCUGCUUGAUGUGCAGUGUAAGUAAAUGCCUCUUUUUUGGAGGGGUGGGGGGGUUAUUUUGGGGUGGACCAGUGAUUAGUAACGCAUUAUAUCCCCUGAUCCGGAUGUGCCGCCUAUUUGCAGGAUGUGUGUAUCUUUAGGCUGGUCCUCUUAGCUCAUACGGACUGUUCUACUUGUAAAUUGAGGACCACUAAACAAAUGCUUUUAUUUUUGUUUCUCAUGUUAAGAGUGAGUGGGUAUGUGCGAGCGUGCGAUGGAAUGUGCAACUGCUAGUUACUUAGAAAGUAUUGGUCUGCUUCACGUGGUCAAAACCAUUAGCAGGUUCUCGCCCAUGAGUGUGGAAAAUGUUUCUCGGGAGGCGAUUGCGAAGGUCCAACGCAUCUCAAAAAGUGCUCGGUCUUGAUCUGAAGGCUCCCACCCAAUUCUGUAGACAAUAUUUUGCUGUGUGUUUUACUUUUGUUAUUUUAUGAGUGCGGCAGCACUCGUGCAUAAUGUCUGCUGUUGUGGAACAAUCAUGAUCUACAGAAUGUAUUUUUUUUUCCUUCCCUUGUACGACUGUUUGAGCCACAUGACAGUACAACGGUGUGCAAACAUCCCUGUUCUAAUAAAUUGCUUUAGAGGUGUUAAAA